CUGACAAGACUCACAUGUGGGUCAGAUGCGAAUAGUUAUCAGUUCAUGUGGUCACACUUUUCAAUGCUAUAGAUACCUCUCCAAUAAUUCAUCCGCACCAAUAAUUGCAACGCUCUCACCAGUGACCACCCAGCUGUUGAUACGUUUCUAAUUCACUCCCCGAUCGUGCAGAACCUUUCUCCUCUUCCAUCACCAUGUGGAGCGACCUUCCCUCUGAUCUCCUUUCCAACAUCUUCUCCUACCUCUCCCCAGACUCCUUGGCUCGGGCCAGGUCGACUUGCCGGCAUUGGCACGCAGGUGCCAAGGCUUACCUCUUGACCACAAUCCCUCCGGUGCCCUGGGAUGAGCCACCAUGGUUCCUGGCCAUGCCCAUGCGAAACCGAAACCACAGACUGUCUUGCUACGCUCACAACCCAGUUCUCAACAAUUGGCAUGCUCUCUCUCUCCACUUUCUUCCAGACCCAGUUCGGCUUGUUGGUCCUAUUGGAAGCCUUGUUCUUAUCAGACCCACGAAUUCUACGUUUCUCCAACUGGCUAUAUGUAAUCCGUUUUCCAGGCAAUUUAGGCACUUACCUCUGUUAAACACCACGAGGACUAACCCUGCCGUGGGUGUUCUAGUACUAGACUCGAGCCAAGAUGUUCCAUUUCCUUGCUUCAGGGUCUACGUGGCAGGUGGGAUGUCCGAGGCACCACGUGGUGGUGCCAUGUAUGAACCCACGUUGGAAAUGUAUGACUCAAGACAUGACAGAUGGCAAAUUGUUGGGUCCAUGCCGGUGGAAUUUGCAGUGAGGCUCACUGUCUGGACACCCAAUGAGAGUGUGUACUCUAAGGGGUUCCUAUAUUGGAUUACCUCUGCUCGGGCUUAUUGUGUAAUGGGUUUUGAGAUUGGCACCAACACAUGGAGAGAACUGAACGUGCCGAUGGCAGACCGGCUUGAAUUCGCCACGCUAGUGCGCCGGAAUGGGGUGCUGACACUAGUGGGUGGCACGUGCGGUCAACCUGCUUGUAUAUGGGAGCUCGGAGAGGGGGAUGAAUGGGGACUGGUUGAGAAGAUGCCAGCUGAAUUGGAGACGAGGUUUUUAGGUGGCAAGGGAAGUUGGGGCAGCACAAAGUGUGUGGGAAGUGAUGAGGCAAUUUACUUGUAUAGGUGUCUUGGUUCCGGAAUGGCAGUUUGGAGGGAAGUGGUAGAUAAAGGUAGGUGGGAAUGGUUUUGGGUAGAAGGGUGCUGUUCUAUUGGGGGAAAACGAGUUCAGAGUUUCCCAAUAAAAGGAGUACUUCUUCAUCCAAGCCUUGCCUCCUCAUCCAUAAUUGAGACUACUUCCACGGAAAACAAUGAUUAAUAAUUUAAUAACAAUACUCCCUUCGAUUGCCAUGUAAUUUGCACUUAUUGUUUCAGUUGUGUUUCUUUCACUGAACAUUGUUUCUAUUA